UUCUCUAGGAUCAGCUGACUGCUAAUUAUAAUUCAUACUGGACCUUGUUGAGGUUGUAUCCUUAAUAAGCAGAGGUUAGGAGCCUACAUUUAACCCAAAUCCUUUCGCAAGUUUUCUCUGCCUUUUUUGUGGCUCAUUCUUUUACAAUUAAGCUCAUCUUUGUCUGGAUGAAGAACAUUAUUUGGUACAGUAACACACUAGCUUUAUUUAGAGUAUUAAUACAUAUUAGCUUUUAUGUAUUGUAUAUACAUUAUCAUAUAUACAUAUAAAUAACUUACAACCAUUUAGUUUGACUCUAAAGUUGGAAAAUUAGGAACACUAAUAAUGGGUAAUGUUGAGCACUUGUUUGCCAGGCCUCUGCCAAAAGGUACAUGCAUGCUUUAUUAUUUAAUCUUCUGCGAUAACGUUUGCAUAGGCAUAGGUUGCUCAGAGAUUGUGAAUACAGGAGUUUGAUUUGAGUAGAUCCAAAUGUGGAGUAUGUACAUUAAUUACUUACGUUUCUGUUUUUGUGAAGAAGGGUGUUGGCAAUAUAAAAAUGACUCAGAGUAAAUGAAUGUGUUUUUCCAGUUGGAAGAUGUCUUUAAAGUCGCAUAAAAGUGCAAUUAGUCUCUUUAUUUGGGUAUUCAAUAGUUUCUAAAGCCCCGUGUCUUUUACUUAAUCCAAAUUCUGAUUACAUAUCAUUGUCACCCAAUGAACAGGUCAUUCUUAGACAUUGGAAAAAGGUAAAUUUGGGGGAAGCCUUAAUGGCCCUUCUGAAAGGCACCCUCUCACCAUAUUUUUUCUAAGUGGCAUUCCUAAUUAGGGGCUGACAAAUGACAAUAGAACAGGAAGAGUAAUUUUCCAAUACCAAGCCAAAGAAAUAAAAAUCAGCUAACAGUGAGUCUAACAUUCAUGGUUAUAUGAAUGUUAAGAAUGUUAGAUUCCCUGUAUUGUAUGGUCUCCACCUAAUUUUUCAGUUUGCCUUUAAAUAUCAUAAACAGUUUGGAGACCUGUACUUUGUACAUUAAGAAUUUACAUUGUGAUUGGAAUGGAGUAGUUUUUGACUUUCUUAAUCAAGAAGUUUGUUUCGACUGUGUUUCCAAAAAUACAAUGUAAUGAUUUGUAUAGGCAUAACAAUGAGUAUCAUCGAUGGUAAGAUCUAACAGUUUGCAUCUUCUGAAAGUAGGAGAGGUUCAGAAGGACUGGAGAGGAUGAGGGACAUGCUUGGAAAUGUGAUGAGAGCUUAUUAGAAUUAUCCUGUCUCCUGAUUCUAGUGGUCCAUUGGUGGAGAGGAAGAGGUUGGGAAUGCUUUGCCUGUCAGUAUUUGUAAGAGGGUUCCUUUAGCUGUGGGUCUUUCCUUUGCGGAAGGGGAUGAGUAGAGAGUUGUCAUCAAUGGAAGGACGUAAGAAGGAAAAAAUGCACAUAUUUUCUUUUGGACUUAAUGUUUCCACCUAUUGUGACUAACUGAUUCAUGUCAGCACACGCAUCUUCAGGCAUUUUCCUAGUAGAUACUUGGUAUCCAUGGGCAGCCACUAGUAGAGCAAGGAAGGAAAGGAGGAGGAGGAUGGGGGUGGAGACAAAGCACAAGGGUAUGCAGCAAAGCAUUGAUGAGCUUUCCAUUUGGGCAGAAUUUAGGAACUGAGCCUCCAGUGGCCUCUGUAAUGAAAAUCGUUCUAAUAGUAUUGCCUGUGUAUAUUGAAAAUCUCUUCUGUGAUACUUGUAUCCAGGAAUCUGGAGAGCAUCCCUUUAAUGUGCUUUGUAAACAGUGGAACAUUUAGAAUACAGUGUGUGAAAGUUACUGAAUUUUUCACAACAGCCGUUUUUGUAUGUUUGUCGUUGGAAAGUCAGAGUGACCAUAAUGCCAGCAUUGGCUUCUGUUUCUAAGCAGUGUUGUUUCAUCAUUUUGGAAGAUAAGCUCUUCUGGUCCCUUCCUUACUCACGUGCAGUGCCCUUUAAGUCUCCAGAGUGCAGGAAUCUUUUCUGUCAUUUUCUGCCUUAUCUCCGGAGCCUAGAGCAGUAGGUAGCAGGAAGGUAUUCAGCAACUAUUUGUGGAAUGAACACAAAUACAUUGGAAUCCUCCUCUCUUCUUUUUCACUACCAAAGAUCCCAUGUAACUUGAGGAGCAGGACCACACCAGCUUUCCCUUCUCCACAGAAUCUGCAGCUCACGAUAUGAUAGAUAUGAUACGCCCAUUGAAUGUUAGCUGUUUAUACCACAUACUUUGGCAUUUUAAUCCCUUAAUCCUUUAUGCUGUUAAAUAAGCUUUUCCGUGUUUUGUUUCCCCACCUAAAAAGGUACUAUGUUUCCUUAUUCAUCCAGUAUAAUAUAUACAGCGUAGCCUUGUACUUACUUAUUGAGUGAAUAUUAGGUACCAUAGGGGAAACAUCAUAGAUAUUCAACAUGUUGCUCCAGUCUUCAAGUAGGUAGUAUCUUAGUUGGCCAGACAUUGUGUACACAUGUGAAACAGUAUGAAAAUUUGUAGCGAAAUAAAACAAAGUAAAAAUAAUAGCUAAUGCUUGUGUAGUGGUUAAAAUAUGCCAGAUACUGUUCCAGGAGCUAUUGCCUGUUAAUUUGUUUGAAUGUCAUAACAAUCUUUUGAAGUAGGUACAGUUAUCCCAUUUCUUAAAAUGAGGAAACUGAGGCACAGCAAGGUACUUAGGUCACUUGCCCAGGAUUGCAAUGCAUAUAGUAAGGGGACUGGAUAUGAGCCCAGGCAGUCUAGCCCCAAGUCAGUGUCAUCCCUCUGGGGAGUUCUUCUUUAUCAAAGAAGAGAGAUCUGAAAGUUGAUGCUACUUUCUUGCCUGUAAACGGUUUUCUUUUCCAAAUUUCAAAGUAGCAUAGAAGGUUUCAAAGACUGUGCUGCAGAAACGAUGCUGGAUUUUUCAAAUGGAAGUGGUUGAUAAAUGGUUCGGGGGACAUUGGGUUUUGAAAUGACUAAAUAAUAAGGGGAAAGAAACUGAAUUUUGAAUUUCAAAGCUGAAUGAGGAUUACAACUCUUCAUAGUUGUUGAAUUCUAAGACAGUGAUUGACCAGGAUGUAGGACAAUGACAGUUGAAAUUAUUAGUGUCAAAUAAAAGUGAAAUAUUAUAUUGAAUGACACUUGAUAUCUUACUACCUUUAUUUUUUAAACACUUGCUAGAUUUAAACCCCAGUAGUGGUCACGUGCCAGAACCUAAGUGUUCCUGAAGAUUUCUUGUGCACUUCUGUCCAUGUGCUGUGUCCUUCAUGUGGAAUCUCGAUCCACUUGUUCAGCUUCUCUUUGGCAGUACAGAACACUAUUGGCCAGGAGGCCUCUUCUAGUAAUAUUUCUUUGAUGGAAAAAAAACAUGUAAAAUUGUGCUGUUGAUUUGGUGACAGACCUGGAGUGAAGUGAUUUAGAAGCCGCGCGAAAUUAGAAGAGGGGUUGCAAACAAAAUCCAGAAAGAUGAGAAAAAAAUGGUACUUUCUGAAAACCUAUAUUUGUGUCCCUUUUGUCAGGAGCUGACAGUAUUAUUUUGGGGGUGUUGGGCAUCAAAAGAGUCACUGAAUCCAAAUGACUCCGCAGAUAGGGGAGCACAUACAUCAGCACACCCACUAUCCAGGAAUCAGAGGAGGAGGUGCCCUUGAAUGAAGCAUGGGCUACAAACCUGGUUAGCGGCCAGGGAAGACACACGCUCUGCAGGCAUCAUUCCCUGGAAAAGCACAGUUUGGCCUCCAUCCAUGGCAUCUUUGAGUAUGCGAGAGAAUCCUAAUUUCAGCAUGUCCUCAGUAGAGACCAAAGAACCAGGAGGAGACAUCACAGCUUUCCCAGAUUGGGAGGAAAAAUAUGGAAUGUGUUUUACCGCUGACUGAACACAACCAAAUGAACUGUACUGACAGUAGUUUGAAAACCAGCAGUUAGCAGUUUAUUCAGGCUCUAACAUUGUCCAGCACUUUCCAGAGCAAACUCACUGUUUACAAGAACUCUCGGCCUUACGACGUUUAUAACCUCAAGCUUUGUUUAUUUAAAAUAUUUCAGCAAAAGAAAAGUACCUGGCGCCCACCUGCCAAAAUGGCCAUGGAUGAGUAUUUGUGGAUGGUCAUUUUGGGUUUUAUCAUAGCUUUUAUCUUGGCAUUUUCAGUUGGUGCAAAUGAUGUUGCCAAUUCAUUUGGUACUGCUGUGGGCUCUGGCGUGGUGACCUUGAGGCAGGCAUGCAUUUUGGCUUCAAUAUUUGAAACCACCGGCUCAGUGUUACUGGGAGCCAAAGUAGGAGAGACCAUUCGGAAAGGUAUCAUUGAUGUGAACCUAUACAACGAGACGGUAGAAACACUAAUGGCUGGGGAAGUUAGUGCAAUGGUCGGCUCAGCUGUCUGGCAGCUGAUUGCAUCCUUCCUAAGACUUCCAAUCUCAGGAACUCAUUGCAUUGUUGGUUCCACGAUAGGAUUCUCUCUUGUCGCAAUUGGUACGCGAGGUGUGCAGUGGAUGGAGCUUGUCAAGAUUGUUGCUUCUUGGUUUAUAUCCCCACUGUUGUCUGGUCUCAUGUCUGGCGUGCUGUUUGUACUGAUCAGAAUUUUCAUCUUAAAAAAGGAGGACCCUGUUCCGAAUGGCCUCCGGGCACUUCCGGUGUUCUAUGCUGCUACAAUAGCAAUAAACGUAUUUUCCAUCAUGUACACAGGAGCACCAGUGCUUGGCCUGGUCCUUCCCAUGUGGGCAAUAGCACUCAUCUCCUUUGGUGUGGCACUGCUGUUCGCCCUAUUUGUGUGGCUCUUUGUGUGUCCGUGGAUGCGGAGGAAAAUAGCAGGCAAAUUACAAAAAGAAGCUGCUUUAUCGCGAGUCUCUGAUGAAAGCCUCAGUAAAAUUCAGGAAGUGGAGUCCCCAGUAUUUAAAGAGCUACCAGGUGCCAAGGCUAAUGACGACAGCACUGUCCCUCUCACGGGGUCAGCUGGGGAACCGUCUGGGGCCUCUGAAGGCACAUCAGUGGGAAACCACCCCCGGGCUUCCUACGGAAGGGCACUUUCCAUGACUCACGGCUCUGCAAAAUCGCCCAUCUCCAACGGCACCUUCGGCUUUGACGGCCACACGCGGAGUGACGGGCACGUGUACCACACGGUGCACAAGGACUCGGGGCUCUACAAGGACCUGCUGCACAGGAUUCACUCAGACCGGGGCCCCGAGGAGAGGCCCACGCCGGAGAACAACUACCGGUUCCUGCGCAGGAAUAACAGUUACACAUGCUACACGGCGGCCAUCUGCGGGAUGCCUGUGCACUCGACCUUCAGGGCUGCCGACGCAUCCUCAGCACCCGAGGACAGCGAGAAGCUGGUGGGGGACGCCGUGUCCUAUUCAAAAAAGAGGCUUCGCUAUGACAGCUACUCGAGCUACUGCAACGCAGUAGCAGAGGCCGAGAUCGAGGCCGAUGAGGGGGGUGUGGAGAUGAAGCUGGCAUCUGAGCUCACGGACCCCGACCAGCCCCGCGACGACCCUGUGGAAGAGGAGAAGGAGGAGAAGGACACGGCCGAGGUCCACCUCCUGUUCCAUUUCCUGCAGGUCCUCACUGCCUGCUUUGGAUCGUUUGCUCACGGUGGCAACGAUGUGAGCAACGCCAUUGGUCCCCUGGUGGCUCUGUGGCUCAUCUACGAGCAAGGCGCCGUCCUACAGGAAGCAGCGACCCCCGUCUGGCUGCUGUUUUAUGGAGGAGUUGGAAUCUGUACGGGGCUGUGGGUCUGGGGGAGAAGAGUGAUCCAGACCAUGGGGAAGGACCUCACCCCCAUCACGCCGUCGAGCGGCUUCACCAUUGAGCUGGCCUCCGCGUUCACAGUGGUGAUCGCCUCCAACGUCGGGCUUCCCGUCAGCACCACACACUGCAAGGUGGGCUCUGUGGUGGCCGUGGGCUGGAUCCGCUCCCGGAAAGCCGUGGACUGGCGCCUGUUCCGGAACAUCUUUGUGGCCUGGUUUGUGACUGUCCCCGUGGCUGGGUUGUUCAGUGCUGCUAUCAUGGCCCUCCUCAUGUACGGGAUCCUUCCAUACGUGUGACGUGGCUUCUCCCACCCAGUACACGAGGGGUGGUCUGGUGUGGGGUGUGGGAGGGGCGUCCUGCCCCCGCACCGGCUGUCUCCCAGCCAGCUUCUCGGUGUCCCUUUCAUAUGGCUCCAAACCACACGGUUCACCUACACUGUAGAGUCAUCCUCCAGAGCUAACUUAACUACUGUACAUAAUCAUGUGCAUCAAACUGGUAUCGUGGUGUCAUAACGUGGUGCAGUUACUUAUAUGUUAAAUAUAUAUUGUAUACAUAGAAUAGAUAGCAUUAUUUCAAACAUACUCGAAAUGGGAGUGGAGAUAUAUUGCCUAGAAUUCAAUAUUCAACAAAUCUUUGUACUUAAUGAUUUCAGUGGCAAAUUUUAAGAACCUUUUAAAAGGAAAGUGUAGAUUGGAAAGUGCUAUUUUUCCCACUGAGUAUACUGUAAGAUAAGCGUGAAUCGGGACGGAUGCUGCACAUUUGGGAAGGUGUACGUCCGUGGGUGUGCUCUUGAAUAAUGGGGGGGUAGGAGUUCACAAGUGCUUUCACUGAGGAAUUUGUUCAUAUACUGUGUACUGAUUAUGUAAUAUAUCUAAUUGCCUCUGUAAAUACUUAAAACUGUAAUUUUUUAAUGGUGUGCUUCCCAUAUACUUUUUUGAUCAGAGAAUUUUUGGAAAGUACCAAAGAAGCAGGGGAAUAGUUUGCCAGUAUUAUAUUUUCAUAUCGUCUGUCUCCCCUUCCCAUCAAUCCUACUGUCAACCUGUGCUGUAGCGACACUGCCGCUCCGACCUGCCCCCUAGCAGGGCGAGGCUAAAGCACCAGCCGCCUGUCAUGUGCGCAUCACGUGAGCGCCCUACUUCCGGUCCCCAGCCCCGCCCACCCCCGCCGCUGCCACGGCCAGCCGGCUAUUGGUGAGCCCUUCGGUGGCCCGUCGUAGUAGAGAAUGUACGUACGUGCGGGUGCGUGAUACGCACCACGUAUCAAGUCCAGUUUAAAUUUUCACCCGUGCUCUCCCUCGCAGCCUGGAGGUCACGAUUCUUAAAACACUAAAGGCGAGUGAGUUGACGUUCUAGAAUUCAGGAGCGGGUAGAGUCGGAAUAUCAGACCAUACACUGGAUUUGAGGAUUCCCUGCGGCCUUUACUACGCUGACCGUCUUGCUGCGCUGCUGUAGUCCCACUGAUUCUGUUCCGAAAGCGGGAGGGAGGGAGUGCGAGUGAUGCGAGAGCCUGAAACCGGGGAAAUGCUGCUAAAAUUUUUAUAUUGACAAACGUUUUCUUGGUACUUCAUUGUGAUUUUUCAUUAAUCAACCAUAUUAAAUUUAUAAUAAAAAUGCCCUUCAAAAGUU